AAGUCGACAUAUAGCGGACACGCACUAUCUAAAUUUACAGUACAUAAGCGAUGCAGGCGUUCGUACACGCAUGGGGUUAUUAUUCUGGCAUUUUGUCGGCAUUUUUGUGUUUAUUUUUAUUCAUUUUGUCAGCAGUGUUUAUAAGAAGAAGAACUGCACGAAACUUUCCCCCUGGACCACUGGGGCUCCCAGUUGUGGGAGUACUCCCCUUUUUAGGGAAGGACCCUCAGAGUACGUUAAUGCAAUGGGCAAAAAGGUAUGGAGAGGUAUUCAGCGUAAAUCUUGGAGGCAACACAGUAGUAGUACUAAAUGGUGUUGAAGCUGUCCGGGAUGCUUUUCAGAGAAAGGCAACAGUUUUUGCUGGACGACCUCGAAUACCCUCUUUUGACUUUUUGCAUCACCGAGGAAUUAUCUCUGCAGAUUAUGGUCCGGCAUGGCAAGCUCACAGAGAAUUCCUGAUGCGUUACCUUCGUGGUACUGAUGAAGACAAACUGGAAGAAAAAAUAAAUCGAGAAAUAGACACUCUGAUUGAGUUUUUACGACAUAAAAACAAAUCCAAGUUCAAUUGUUCUGAGACAUUAAUGAUUUCCGUUGCAAAUAUACUUAUGUCAGUGUUAUUUGGGGACCGCUUCGAUUACGAUAAUCCGAUGUUAAAAGAACUCAUAAGAUCUAUUCACCGAUCUGCAGAACUUAGUAAUGAAUCAAGUGUCAUGAAUUUCAUUCCAAUAUUACGUUUCCUUCCACAGUGCAUCGAAAGAAACAAGGAAGUAGAUAAUCUGUGUAACAUAGUAGGCAAUAUACAAAGAAAUCACUCAGAGAUAUAUUGCGAAGGUGUCACCAGAGGACUAAUGGAUGCGUACACUAAAGAAAGCAUGCAGCGCACUACAGCAAAGAGUGGUUUCUUUAAUGAGAAAGAACUUGCCACACUUCUUGUUGAUGUCAUUAUUGCUGGGACUGAGUCGAUAGCAACAACCCUUUCUUGGGGAAUACUUUUCCUCCUUCACGAUCCCAAAGUCCAGCAAAAUGUUCAGUCAGAACUAGACGAAGUCAUUGGUAAACGACGCCCUACUCUGGCAGACAAGCCAAACCUUCCUUACACAAACGCAACCCUUAUGGAAAUACAACGAUGUAAUUAUGUAUUUCCUUUAGGGGUGCUUCACAGUACAACAAAGGACAUAGAAUUUCGAGGCCACAGGAUCCCUAAGGGUUGUUGGAUCCUUGCUAAUUUCUGGUCAGUUAUGAUGAACGAUGAUGUGUACCUAAAUCCGAGGGAAUUCCGCCCUGAAAGGUUCCUUGGGGACUCUGGUAAAUUACAACCACAUGAUGCUUUUCUCCCCUUUUCAGCUGGAAAGCGGUCCUGUGCAGGAGAACUCUUAGCAAGGCAACAACUCUUUCUAAUGUUUACUCAUCUACUACAAGCCUUUACAUUCCAAUUGCCGGAGGGAAGUGUUCUGCCAAAGUUAGAGGGCUCAACAGGGAUCACCUACCAGCCUCCAAAGUUUGAUGUGUGUGCCCAUUUGAGGUUUUGAAUUACAAGUAUAAAUAUUUCU